ACGUAAACAAUAAAAUGGCACAUAUAUCAGACUGAUCAAACCACUGUUCUAUUAAUUUUAUUUUUUACUUUAUUUUAUUUAAUUUUCCGUCAUUUUCAUGUUUAACGUACUCUGUUAGGUACUCUUUUGCUUUCCUGCACGAAACUCUAUGUAGACACUUCUUCCCUACACGUAAGAGGUUCUCAUAAAAAAAGUAGUACUCAUCUCUUAUUCUUGCUGCAGUGUCUAUUUAGCAGAAAACACUUAUAUUACUCAUACAUUCAAGUAAAUUUCGACUUGAAUUUUUGUGAAAGUGACAAAAAUCGUUGGAACUUGUGGAUUCUUUUAAAAAAAUUUCUGUCGUCUAGGAAAUUGGAAAACCUCCAAGGUCACCGGCAAAAGUGAUAUGAUUGAAAGGUUGAAGAUAGCAAAAACUCGUCUUGAAGCUAUGAAUUCAUUUCAGUACUUAGGUGAUCGAAGAGAACGUCUCCCCUUGCUUGGGGACGAGCGCGAUCAUUCCAUGGCUCGACACAAUGCUAUAUUAACUACAAAAUCCGUUCUCACAUCCAAUUAUGUGAAUACUCUAUUAAUUUUUGUCCCCAUUGGUCUUUUUGUUGGAUGGUUUCAAUGUAAUGCAAAGUAUGUCUUUUUUUUGAACAUGCUUGCAAUUAUCCCCCUCUCCUCCCUCCUAAGCUUUGCUACUGAACAAUUGGCAUUUGUUAGUGGUCCUACUAUUGGGGGAUUGUUGAACGCUAGUUUCGGCAAUGCCAUUGAACUUAUCGUUGGUAUUUUGGCUUUGAAACGAGGUGAGAUUCGUAUCGUACAAGCUUCUAUGCUUGGCUCCAUCUUAUCCAACUUAUUGUUGGUAUUUGGAAUGUGCCUUGUUACAGCGGGAAUUCGACGUCAAAUUGCAAGAUUUAAUGUUACGGUUGCUCAAACUAUGGUUGCUAUGCUUGCUUUAUCCACGGCUAGCAUUAUUAUUCCUGCCGCUUUCCAUUUUAGCGUUCCAGAUAAUAAGAUUAGCGAAACUGCUUUGCUUCAAGUUUCCCGUGGUACAGCUGUCAUUGUGCUAGUUGUUUAUCUCUUGUUAUUGGUUUUCCAAUUAAAAACUCAUAAGCACGUCUGCAGAGAUGUUAGUGAAUCAGAGGAAGAAGAAGAUCGAGAACCUAUCCUUGGACUAUACGCCUCUAUCUUCGUGCUCGCUUUAGUUACUGUUUUCGUAUCGUUGUGUGCUGAUUACCUAGUGGGGUCUAUUGAUGAUUUAGUGGAAGAGAUUAAUAUUUCCAAAACUUUUGUCGGUUUAAUUAUUUUGCCAGUAGUUGCUAAUGCAGCCGAACAUGUCACUGCCGUUGUUGUAUCUUAUCGUGGUCAAAUGGAUUUGGCGCUUGGUGUUGCUAUUGGCUCUAGUAUUCAAAUUUCAAUGUUUUUGGCCCCUUUCUUGGUUAUUGUCGGUUGGUUCAUCUCGCAACCAUUGACGUUGUACUUUGAAUCUUUGGAAACAGUAAUUUUAUUCGUUUCUGUUUUCUUGGUUAAUUACUUAAUUCAAGAUGGUGCUUCGCACUGGCUUGAAGGCGUUCAACUCCUUGCUCUUUACGCCAUUGUUGUUUUGGCAUUCUUUUACUUUCCGACACAGUAAGCUAAUACUUAGCUAAUUUAUUUUUCACUCAAUGAAGCUAUGAUGGUCGUCGACCUUCUUUAUGACUAGAGCAUUCAUGUGUGAAGCUCGAACAUAUUAAUGUUUAUUCGACUUAUUUCUUUCAAAUCAUAGAGGGGACGUACAGAUAUUUUUACUUGAGUAUCAGUUCGCAAAAAUGAAUUAAUAAUAACGCUCCUUUUUUUGUAUUUCAUAUGUUUUUGCUGUUCAUGAAGCAAACCAAAACUUGAAUUUACUAUUUUUAAUCGUUCUUAGCGUAGAAUCGUCGUCUCCGAGUACGAAAGUAAUACUAAAUAAAUAAUAACAAAAACCAUU